AUACAACAGAGAGCUGGACGUCUGGGAGGAGGAGGAGGAGGAGAGCUCGGGCUAGAGGAGCGCGCACAGGAGCAGAGUAGCCGCAAUCGACGUGAGCCCGGCACAAAGACAGCGGCAACCGCCGCCUCUUGCCCAGGAGGUCUCCCCGCGAUCAUCGACGUGAGUCCCGGAGAAGGCGAGCCGCCCAGCGCAGCCCCUUCUUCUUGCAGAUCGACGUGAGCCCCGGAGCAAGAGCGCCGCCGCCUCCCGCAGAAGACCCCCCGAGAGGGCGAGCAGGAGAGAGAGAGAGCGAGCGCGCGCCUUCGAGGAUGUCUCUGGCCGCCGUGGAGAUCCUGGGCUUGACGCUGGCCAUCCUGGGCUGGUCGGGCUCCAUCCUGGUGACGGUGCUGCCCUCGUGGCAGGUGUCGGCGCACAUCGAGGGCAACAUCGUGGUGGCGCAGACCAGCUGGCGGGGCCUGUGGAUGAACUGCGUGGUGCAGAGCACCGGGCAGAUGCAGUGCAAGGUGCACGACUCGGUGCUGGCCCUCCACGCCGAGCUGCAAGCCGGGCGGACGCUGAUGGUGCUGGGCGUGCUGCUGGGGCUGGCGGCGCUGCUGGUGACCGUGGUGGGCGCCCAGUGCACCGUCUGCCUGAGCGGCAGCGGCGGCGCCAAGGCGUGGGUGGCCCGGGCCGGCGGCGCCCUCUUCUUGCUCUGCGGCCUGCUGGUGCUGAUCCCGCCCAGCUGGUUCGCCCACAUCGUCAUCACCACCUUCCACGACCCCAACAUCCACGCCGGCCAGAAGAUGGAGCUGGGCCCGGCGCUCUACCUGGGCUGGGCUUGCGCCGCCCUCCUCUUCAUCGGGGGCGCGCUCAUCGUCGCCUCGGCCCGCAAGCUGGACGCCGCCGCCGCCUCCGCCUUCCCGGUCAAGUACUCGGCGCCCAGGCGGCCGGGGGCGGCCUCCGUCUCCGGCGGCGCCGCUGCCACCGCCAACGGGGACUACGACAAGAAGAACUACGUCUGAAGCCGGCCUGGGGAAGGACAUUCGCCAAUGCCUGGAUCGUCGUCGAAGAGGAUAUUUCGGAGAAUUGUUCGACCCGUUCUGUGAAGGCCGCUCUCGACGGCUUGCAAAGACAGACUCUGCUGCUGCUUCUACUGCUGCUGCUGCCUGCAGACGCAAGGACUGGAGGGUGCUGGGCCCGGGCCGGCAGCUCAGAUCCUUCCAGCCCCAAUAUUUAGCGGGGGUGGGGGCGGUCUCCAGGCAUCGGCUGAGCUGCAGAAGGCUCCCGGCAGGGGAAGCAUGGCUCCCCUCCACACACAGACUCCUUCCGCUGAACUGCUUUCUUUGUGCCUGUAAAACUUUACUGUUUAAAAAAAAAAAAAAGACGUCCAGGCAUUUUCCUGUGGUUAGUUGCGUUUUCUGCUUUGACGGUCAGCAGUGUGGGGAUUCCUUUAUUUCCCCCGCCUUUGAAAUCAUAUGUCAACUGAGUGCUUGCAUUCUGAUUUGUGGUUUAAAACAUCUCCUUGUAGCAAUAUGGGUGGCAAAAGCAAGUGUGUGCAGAUCGCUUUGGAAAAAAAUGUCCACAGUUCUGGUUGUAGACAAGACAUCUGUUUGAAAGGGGUGGGCGGGGGUCCUUGCCUGGACUUCUAAUGUUUCAAAGGACCAAAGGGAUUUUGCAGGAUUUAAAAGUGUGGCUCUAGUGCUCUUCAGAGAUGAUGCUGUAUCUGCGUUCUGAUGUGUGUACACUCGUCUACAUGUGUUUGUGUGAACGACUGUACCUGCGUUCAUUUUAAAAGUGAACCUGGGCACAGGCCCUUCAAAUGCAGGGUACAGAUAGGAAAGUGUCCUGCUCUAACCUGCGUUCAACAUGCGAACGGCUGUGUUGAGCGUAAUGUGUGAAUAGGACUUAUAAUGUUAAUAUGGAAAGGUGUUUUAAAUGGUGCACUUCUUUUGGUGGGGAAGACUGACUUUCUUAGUCAAAUUCUUUUGACUGGUCUCAGAUUACAUCCUUUGGAGUAGCCGGGGCAUUGCUGAGAUCCCAGUGGCAACAGAUCCAGUCCCAACUGGACUUACUUUGAAGUCAGUGGCGUUUUGCAGGUCCACCCUAGAGUAUGUGGUUUGUGGCUCUCUGAGGUCACUCAAUGGUCAAGAUUUCCUUCAUCUAAAUUUGCCUUCAUGUCUUUUUAAGUGUAUGAUGUAACCCAAUAUGAAGGAGCUCAAUUUCAGACCUGAAUUUCUUAGUCAUUUCAGUGUCCAUCAGUAUGAAGGAGAUUAAUUUCCGAGAUUAAUUUCUUAAACUAGCAUUGCAGUGUUCGUCAAUUUUUAAAAGAUGCCUUUCAGAGCUGAAUUCCUUAAAUUCGGUAUACGUCAAUACAAAGAAGAUGCACUUCAGACCUGGAUUUUUAAAAUUACCAUUUCAGUGUUCAGCUUUUUGCUGCAAUUUUAAUUACAAAUUAAGAUUCACCCCAGUUCUGAAAUGGGUUGAGUCAUCCAUUUGUUUUUGCUUCAAAUUCAGACUUUUGACAUGGCUCUAAUGUACACCCUUGCUCCUAAGCAAGCCAUAUUCAUUUCAGUGGGAUUCGCAUGGGAGACAGUACUGGUACUGGGCUUUAUACAACAAUUUCAUACUGUAACUUAAUCCUCUGUCGUGAUGAGCAGUGUUUUCACUGCAAAGAUUGUUAUAUAUUUUAUAUAUCUUCAUAUUUAUAUAUUAUGACUGCAUGUCUUUUUUUUUCUGUACAAAAAUGACAUUUGAGUAAAGAGAAUUGUUUGCCCCCCCAAAAAUGCCUAACGUUU